ACAAACCAAUCUCCCCCCCCACCCCCCACCAGUUAGCCUAGAGUGUUUUCUAAGUAAUCACGUAUUUAAGAAUACAAAAACACACUUCCCGUCGCACGUACACGUCGAUCGGCUAGCAGGAUGUCAACACCGGCGAGACGACGCUUAAUGAGGGAUUUUAAACGGCUGCAAGAAGAUCCUCCUGCCGGAGUGAGCGGGGCUCCAUCAGAAAAUAAUAUCAUGGUAUGGAACGCUGUCAUUUUUGGUCCUGAGGGAACUCCUUUUGAAGAUGGGACUUUCAAACUUACCAUUGAGUUCACAGAGGAAUAUCCAAAUAAGCCUCCAACAGUGAGGUUUGUCUCUAAAAUGUUUCAUCCUAAUGUAUAUGCCGACGGCAGCAUAUGUUUAGAUAUUCUUCAAAACCGUUGGAGUCCCACUUAUGACGUAUCUUCGAUAUUAACUUCUAUACAGUCUUUGCUGGACGAGCCAAACCCAAACAGUCCGGCCAACAGCCAGGCGGCCCAGCUGUACCAAGAAAACAAGCGGGAGUACGAGAAGAGGGUUUCUGCUAUUGUUGAACAAAGUUGGCGUGACUGUUGACCACACGUUAUCAGCCUGGAAUAUAAUUUCACAAAGAAAAAAAUGAAUAUCCCACUCCACUCAGUAUAUUAUACACAUGUCCCCCGACUUGUUGUUUUGCCAAGUUUGUACGGUUUGUGGCAUUCACUUCUGCAGAAUGCUGUUGUUGGCCUAAAGUAUGUUUGUUAUAAAGAAGUUAAUGUACCUUGUUAUAUCUGGGUUCCUUACUCUAGUGGCUGCUAACUGUACGUGCUUGCUGUCUGGUUUGCUGUGACGAUUCCUAUUUUUAUGAGUGUUCCUCUUCCCGUUUUUGCUUCACUUUUUAAAAUUCUGCCUUUUGGAAAGCCUUUCAGUUAGGACUUAACCCAACAUGGAGAUUCACCCCUCGAACACUGUUGCCUUUUCUUCUAGGUUUGAGUACGACACAACACCUUAUUAGGUAUCAUGAACGAAAGACUGAAGAUAUGUAAGCUAUUUCACAAUCAAACAAAGUGGCGGUCACACUAAACUGACCAUACAAGAUUUCAGUUCCUUUUGAGAGUUUGCACUUGGUAACCCAUGUAACAAAGUGUACAUUUUCUUGUAAAUAAAUGAAUAUACACAUCAGACGCUUGUUGCUUU